UGUACCUGCCAACACUAUCACAUGGUGCACCACUCUUACAGAACAGAUGCCAAGUGACUGUUGCAAUGACAGAGUGCAGCAGAAAGGCUUCUGCACAUGGAUGGUAUUCAUGAGUGAGCAACCGAACUAAACUCGGGAAUAGUCAGAGGACCUGUGUUUAUGCCCACCAAUAGCUUCGCGUUGCCGGUCGUUCUGAACAGAUCCCCAUUGAUUGUGCGACUUGUGGUUGCUGCCCACCAAUAGCAUGUUAUUGCUAAGCCUGCUGUGCAGAUAUUUUGCUUGAUUGAUUAGUGCUUGUGGUUGUCGAAUCUGUGUUGCGGACCCAACCUGAGUUUAGAUAAACCCACAUGUUCUUGACCUAGAGCUGGGUACUGUCUCUCUUCGACAUCGGGUCCAAUCGACGGUGUAUGUGCACCCCCUAAUCGCAGUCAUCACAAUGCUAUCACUUCAUGCAUCACUCUUGCAGAACAGGAACCAAGCCACUGCCGCUGCACCAGAACACAGCAGCACAGUCCCAGCGUUUGACAGUUUGUUUUCGGAUGCUUCGCCCGGUGACAACUCCGAGGAAGCCACGGGAGCUCAAAAGAUGCCACUCAGGGAGCCUGUUGACAUCCAACGGAAUCAAAACAGGGACCAAGCCACUGCCCCUGCACCAGAACACAGCAGCGCAGCCCCAGCGUGCAACAGUUUGUCGCAUGAUGCUUCACCCGAGGACGACUCUGAACUGGACAAGAGAGAUUGCCAAGCAUCACACAGUGAAUCUGUUGACCACCUUCCAGAUCAAGUUGGUGCACACUCCAGUGUAUUUACAUGUGUAUUUGUGAGCCGACCACCUAGAUGCAGCGCAUGGAGCCAGACACAUGCAAGUGUGCUAUCAAAAGGUACACAGACAUCAAACUUUUGGUCUGCCAGCAGAGGUGUGCAGACCGAAAUCCCUUUUGAAACCUCAGUCGAGAUUCAGGCGUCAACCACGUUGCCAUACGAAGCUGAUAUCCCUGGACAUCAAGGAACCUCCCCAGAGGGUGGCGGGCAGUCACGCCCGUGGUGUUCCUCGCCUCCAUGUGGCAUAAUCCCAACUCCUUUGGAAUUCAAUCUCACAACUGAGCUUCUGGGACCCGAGGCUGACCCUUUGGACACCGGCGACGAGUCCAGCGACUUCAAUGAGUCAGAGGAGACGUCUACCGAGCCAGACACAAGCUACAGACCCAACGAUUCCGUCAACAGCAGUUAUGGGGCAGAUUCUUCUGACACCAGUGAUGACUCCGUGACCUCGGAUGAUGGAAGACCUCACGAGGAGUGCAACGUCUCUGCUGAGGCGGCUGACCCUCUGAUGGAAAAAAAAUAUCUGGUCUGUGCUUCGAAGCUCCUAGAGUUGUUUUCGAUCUGUAAGGAGUGCCUGGCCCCAACAGAGACGAAACUGAAGCAACGGGGGACCCUGCUUCACGCCGUAACUACAUGUGUUAGGGGCCAUACGACUGUAUGGGAAAAUCAGCCAACGAUUAACGGCAAGGCGCUGAUGAACAUCGUCUUGCCGGCCGCUAUAACAUACUCUGGCGCCAGCCCUACACGUGUUCUGCGCCUUCUGGGGUCAAUAGCUGUCGCUGUGAUACACAAGACUCAGUUCUUCAAGGUCCAACGCUGUCUGGUCUUCCCAGCUGCAACAAAGGUCUGGAAAACGGAGCAAACUGUCCUCCUGACAUCAAUCUGUGGCACUGGCCUUCACUUGGCCGGUGACGGCCGUGCAGACUCACCCGGCUAUUCUGCCAAAUAUGGGACCUAUAGCUUGCUAGAAACCAACAUCAACAAGAUCCUGCACUAUGAGGUUGUCCAGUCGAACGAGGUCAAGUCAAGCAACCAUAUGGAGACUGAGGGCCUCAAACGUUCUUUCGACUACCUCCAGGGUUGGGGGUUCUUCCCGGAUGUACUUGUGACAGACCGGCACUUUGGAGUGAGUGCCCUCAUGAAGGACAGCUACCCGAACACGAAGCACCGUUUCGAUGCUUGGCACAUUGCUAAAGGAAUUGGGAGCAAGCUUGCUACUGCAGGAAAGACAAAGCGAAACAGCAUCCUGAAUAACUGGGUGAAGACUGUUCGUGCCCAUGUUUAUUGGUGUGCUCAAACCAGUAACGACAACGGUGCAAUGGUGCUGGCCAAAUGGAAGUCGUUGAUGCGACAUGUCUUAGACGUGCACCAGCACCCUGACCCGAUGUACCCUGCGUGCACCCAUGCCUCGAUAGAGGACCGCUGGUGGCUUCUUGAAGGAUCUGAGCCAUACAUCGCACUGGAAAAAGUUGUGAUGUCGCAUCAGCUUUUGAAAGACAUCCCAAGGAUCUCUGGAGAUGGCCAGACGUACCGCUUGGAGUCUUUCCACAGCCUGCUCAUCAGGUUUACACCCAAGUCAACUCACUUCACUGUAGAGGGUAUGGCGGCACGGUAA